AUAAAAUAGCUCUUAAUAAAUAUAUAAGAUGCGGAUUAUUAAACAUCAGGUCAAUCUCACCCAAAUCUCUGUUAGUUAAUGACUUAAUUGGGGAUUAUAAUAUUCAUAUUUUGGCCCUGACUGAAACUUGGCUUCAGCAGGAUGACUUUGUUAGACUUAAUGAAUCCACACCCCCAAGUCACGUGAAUUUUCACACAGCUAGAAGCACGGGCCGUGGAGGGAGGGUGGCAGUAAUAUCACACUCUUGUUUAGGUAUGAGCCCAAAAAGUAAAGCUAAUUACAUUUAUAACUCCUUUGAAAGUCUAGCACUAUCAAUUAUAGACGCUAACUGGAAGAACCAAAAACCAGUUCUUUUCAUAGUGGUUUACCGUCCCCCUGGUCCCUACUCACAGUUUUUGUUAGAUUUCUCUGACUUUUUAUCUAGUAUUUUGCUAAGCUGGGAUAGAAUUAUAAUUGUAGGGGAUUUUAAUAUACAUGUCGACGAUGAAGGUGACUCCCUUGGUAAGGCCUUUAAUGACCUACUAGAUGGGACUGGCUUCAUUCAAAAUGUAAAUAAACCAACUCAUAGUCACAAGCACACCCUGGACUUGAUUUUAACCUACGGUACGGAGAUUAGUGAUCUUAGUGUCCAUCCCCACAACCCCGUACUGUCUGAUCAUUUUCUAAUUACCUUUCAGUUUGUGCUUCAAGAUAAUCCGCCACUAGUGACUAGAACUCAGAUGAAAAGGACAUUAGGUGAUCACUCUGUUUCAGAGUAUAAACAGAUAAUUCAGCCUAUAUUUGCCUCCAUGUCAUCUAAUUAUGAAGGAGUGAUGUCCGGCCUUGCUGUUAAUGACGAGUUUGUUGAUCGUGUUCUGUUUACGUUUCGUACCACCCUCGAUGUCGUCGCUCCCUCCAAAUUAAAGUUUGUCAAGCCGAGACGAGCCUCUCCCUGGUAUAAUGCUGAAACACGCUCUCUUAAACAAUCGACACGUAAAUUAGAAAGACUUUGGCGCCGUUCCAACACAGAGCACACCCUCUCUGCCUGGAAACACAGCUUAGUGACAUAUAAGCAGGCCUUGCGUACGGCUAAAACCAGAUAUUACUCAUCCUUAAUAGAGGAAAACAAAAAUAAUCCUAGGUUUCUGUUCAGCACUGUAGCAAGGCUGACAAACAGUCACACCUCAAUAGAACCUUAUAUCCCAACCACCCUUAGCUGUGAUGACUUCCUAAAAAUUUUUAACAAUAAAAUCGCAACUAUUAGAAAUAAAAUAAAUGAAUCACUUCCAAUUAUUAGGUCUGAUAAAGUGCAGACAAAGAAUUCGGAAUCUCCUAUAAACCCCUCUAAAAUAUUAAAUAACUUUACCACUGUAGACCAAAUUGAUGUGACUUCAAUUAUAAUGUCUUCCAAACCAUCAAUGUGCCUCCUUGACCCAAUCCCAACCAAACUUUUUAAAGAGACCCUGCCUCUAACUAUUGACACUAUCUUAAAUAUAAUAAAUACCUCAUUAGUUACUGGCUACGUGCCGCAGUCCUUUAAAUAUGCAGUUAUUAAACCGCUCUUGAAAAAACCUACUCUUGAUCCUGAUAUUUUGGCCAAUUAUGACCUAUUUCUAACUUACCAUUCCUCUCCAAAGUCCUUGAAAGAGUGGUAAUUAAACAGCUCUGUCAGCACCUACAGGACAAUAGUUUAUUUGAACAGUUCCAGUCUGGCUUUCGAGCUCAUCAUAGCACUGAAACCGCAUUAGUUAAAGUAACUAAUGACUUGUUACUUGCCGCUGACGUUGGAUUAGUCUCGAUCCUGGUUCUGCUGGACCUGAGCGCAGCCUUUGACACAAUCGACCAUAAUAUCUUAUUGCAGAGAUUAGAAUGUGACAUAGGCAUUAGAGGAGCAGCCCUCUGCUGGUUUAAAUCAUAUUUAUCUAAUAGGUACCAGUUUGUCAAUGUAAACCAGCAAUCAUCAUCGUACUCUAGAGUUAGUUAUGGUGUGCCGCAAGGAUCUGUCCUCGGGCCCAUCUUGUUUACGCUGUAUAUGCUUCCUCUAGGUAAUAUCAUCAGAAAACAUAGCAUUAACUUUCAUUGUUACGCUGACGACAUACAACUGUAUUUAUCAAUUAAACCUGAGCAGGUCAGGCAAGUAGAAAAACUAAGCGCCUGCGUCCGAGAUAUAAAUACCUGGAUGAGCACUAACUAUCUUCUACUUAACCCUGAAAAGACAGAAGUCCUUAUAAUAGGCCCGAAAAGUGUUAGAGACUCUUUAUCUGCCCAGAUAGUCACUCUGGACAAUGUAAGUGUAGCCUCCAGCGCCACAGUUAAAAACCUAGGAAUUUUAUUUGACCCUGACUUAUCGUUUAAAGCACACAUUAAACAAACCUGUAGAACGGCUUUCUUUCACCUGCGCAACAUCGCCAAAAUUAGAAAUAUUUUAUCUAAAAGCGAUGCAGAAAAAUUAAUUCACGCGUUUGUUACAUCGAGAUUGGAUUACUGUAACUCCCUACUUGCAGCUUGUCCUAAAAGCUCUCUAAAAGGUCUUUAGCUAGUCCAAAACGCAGCAGCAAGACUUUUAACAGGAACCAAUAGAAGAGAGCACAUCACCCCUGUGCUCCAGGCACUUCACUGGCUUCCAGUCGAGUUUAGAAUUAAAUUUAAAAUACUCCUUCUUACAUUUAAGACCAUUAAUGGGUUGGGGCCAUCUUAUCUCACCGAUGCUCUGGUUCCAUACCGCCCCAACAGAACACUCCGAUCUCAGAAUGCAGGUCUACUGGUAGUUCCCAGGGUUCAUAAAAGUACUGUCGGAGCUAGAGCCUUUAGCCACCAAGCCCCUGUUUUAUGGAAUCAGCUUCCAGCUAGUAUUAAAGAAGCCGAGACAGUCUGCACAUUUAAGAUUAGAUUAAAAACGUUCCUAUUCGACAAAGCUUAUGGUUAGGCUAGUUGAAGUCAGAAUAGACUCACAGCUUAGUUUAAGCUGCACUAGAAGCUAUAAUGCUGGGGGGCAGUACAGCCGCUGAGUUCCAUCUCCUUUUCUUACUCUACCUACCACUUGUCUUACUUUAUUUCUAUUUUCCAAUGUUAAUAUCUAGUUGUCUAGUCUCUUCAUCACUAGUCACCCGGUGUCCCCUUUCCCCCCUCCCCUCUGGGGAGGGGCUAUUUUUCAGCUGCAGCCUCCUGACUGUCCGGACCCCUGGCUGGAUAGACGUCCUCGCUGCUACCCCCGUCUCAUCUAACUAGAGGGACCUCUUCUUGCUCCUUUACUCCACUGUAUUUUUACGGACUAUAAUUUCGCUUGCUAAUUCCCAUUAGCCGUUCUGGGGUUCCUGUCUAUCCGUCCUGGGAGUGGAUCUCUCCUGACUGUGGUACUCCCCAAGGUUUCUCAUUUUUCUCCCAAUUGACUCUGGAGUUUUUGGAGUUUUUCCUUGCCGGCAUGGAGGGUCUUAAGGAUAGGGGAUACCCAGGACUUGAACUGUAUCUAUUCAUCUUUGUUGCUUCAUUUCUAAUUGUGUAUCAUAUUGCCUCUGUAAAGUCCUUUGAGACCUCUGUUGUGAUUGAGGGCUAUACAAAUAAAAUUGAACUGAAU